AUAUGUUUUUUAUUAACUUCAUUUUAAAAAAUUUUAUUUUAUUUAAUUCCCAUAAAUAUUCUUAAAGGAAUGGAGGGAGUAUAUAUAUAUAUACACAUGUAUGUGUUAAUGUGUAUAUAUAUAUAUAUAUAUGCUCAUCCAACAAAUUCAGUCAAGUGUAGCAGUACCAUACACACUUCUAUUACAAUUUUAUUUUUGUCUUAGUUAGUAUCCUUUUAACAUUUAAAACGUUUCACUUUGAUCUUCAUCAAUGGCUAUUUCUUCUGAUAAUGAGACGGGUCAACCUGUUUCGGCUAUUGGGUUUGAAGGGUUUGAGAAAAGGCUUGAGAUAAACUUCUCUAACCCGCCUUUUUUUACUGAUUCAACUGGGUUGGGUCUCCGAUCAUUAACUCGGGCUCAAAUUGACUCAAUCCUUGAGCCAGCAGCUUGUACUAUUGUAGCUGAGUUAUCCAACUCGGAGCUUGACUCAUAUGUUCUGUCCGAGUCAAGUUUAUUCAUUUACCCACAUAAAAUUAUUCUCAAGACUUGUGGGACUACCAAGUUGCUUCUUUCUAUAGAUCCUAUUCUCCAACUCGCUGACUCAGUUGGACUCACUGUGUCAAGCGUUCUGUACUCGAGAGGGACGUUUAACUUCCCAAGUGCUCAGGUUGCUCCUCAUAGAAGCUUCUCAGAAGAAGUUAGUUUUUUAAAUAGAUAUUUUGGUCAUUUGAGUAGUAGGCCCCAAGCAUAUGUUUUGGGAGAUCCAACGGUUCCAAAUCGUAGUUGGCAUGUCUACUCAGCAUCGUCCACUGCUGACGUGGAAGUUCCAAGGGGUUUGGUUACUCUUGAAAUGUGUAUGACGGGGCUAAAUAGAGACGAUGCCACCGUGUUUUACAAAAAGGAAGGACAUUUGGCUAAGGAAAUGACCAAAAUGUCUAAAAUUAAUGAGAUUAUUUCAAGCCAUCUAAUAUGCGACGUGGAUUUUGAUCCAUGUGGAUAUUCUAUGAACGGGAUUGACGGUGAGGCCUACUCGACUGUACACGUCACACCUGAAGACGGGUUUAGCUAUGCAAGCUAUGAAGUCAUGGGUUUUGAUUCGGGUUCAAUCAGAUUAGAACCGCUAGUGAAAAGAGUCUUAAGAAGUUUCAAACCGAAAGAAUUCACGGUGGCUAUCACGUGCUUAGGAGGUGGUGUGGCACGUGACUGGACAAAUGAAAAGAUGGUGGACCUUGAUGGGUUUACAUGUAGGAGUGCAGUAAAGCAAGAGUUACCAAAUGGUGGGUUUGUAGUGUACAAAACAUAUGUGGCCCACCCAACAACAUGUGCUCCAUGCGUGCCUAAAUCUAUAAUGUUGUUGCCUUGUUGGAAAGCAAUUCAAGCAACCAAUAAUGGCGGAGAGACGGCGACAUAUGGCGGUGUUGUGGGUGGCGGGUUUAUGGGUUGGGAAAGUGCUAUUAUGAGAACGGCGUCGUGUGCAAAUGUGAUUGAUAGUCGUCAAAUAAGUUUAAUUGAGUUUUUUUAUUCCUUUUUUUUCUUUUUGGGAUUUAGAAUUACUAGAGCUCACUAGAAAUUUUAAGUGUGUAAUUGUUCAAAUUACAUAAAAAAAAAAAAACAAAGAACGAUUGUACAAUAGCAAGUCACUUUUGGAUUGUGGUUUUGUGAUGGAAUUUUAAUUAGGUUUUGUCAUAUUUAAUGACAUUUAUUAUGGGUAAGUAAUUAAGAGGAUUCAAUUCUUUUAA